AUGAAAUCUGGGAUUCCAAAGAACCACUUUGAACUUCCAGCUGAAUAUAUUUUGGCAUUGCAAGAUUGUAGAAAUGUUUCUUUGUAUCGAUUAGUUGACGCUUCAGUCUGCUAUGAAUUGAGCGGAAAGCGAAAUGUUAGUGUUUCGCGUCUGGAUGCUAUCGAACAUCACAAUAUAUCACAUAGUUUAAGUGAUCAGGCUCUUGUGUGUACUUUAUCAUCACCACCUCGGCUAUUUCAAGGUAAAGAGCCGCAAUCUAACAAAGAGAAGGAGGCGAAUAUUGGGAAUGAUGAAACGCUGAAAGUUGGUUAUUCAUCAAACGGUGGUGUUUUACAAUGUCACGAUGAUGACACAUUGAAGUAUGUCAAGGCACGAACAGAUUUAUUCGAUCCUCUGUCCAUAGUUCAACCAUUGUUCAAAGAUUUAAAAAUGAGAGAAACAUUUAUCGGCCCACAAGUAAUGCAUAUGCCAACACCUGACAGUGAUCUGUUUGAACACUAUUUUCCAGUAAUUUAUAAACAACCCGAAACAAGUUGUUAUCAUCCAAAAAUGAUUUAUGAACAUUCGUCUGAAGAUAUUCGAAGAAACUCGAGUGAAUGGCAAAGUGGAUGUACAAUUUUUCGAGAAAAAGCCCAAUUAAUUCAAGAGUUUAUCUUUUGUAUGUAUGGGGCUCAAAUCUACAAUAUCUGGUAUUUAGGCAAUGAACAUUUAUUGAAACAUAUAUCAUCGUUAGCUCAGCGUUUACCAUUCAAAAAAUGGAAACAACAUGUACUCAGCAAUACUAAAACAACAAAAAUGAUUCAAAAUCUUGUUGAACAGGAUGAAAGCAUCACACGUUUUGUUAAAAAGAUAGUUAUACAAUGUUUACGAUUAAAUUCGAAUAAUAAAUCAGAACAUCAUAAAACACUUCUAAAUAAGGUGGCGUUUGAAAUGCACGAAGCAUUUCAAUGUUAUCCGGUAUUUAACAUUGCCAACGGAAUGGACAAUAAUGGAUUAACCGAGCAUGGAUCUCAGGAAUCCAAAUGUAUUCCAGCAAUAACGCAAGGUUUCUUAUUGAACAUUUGUCCCGUUCAUCCGAUGUGUGCUCGUUUGGCCGUAGAAAAACUAGUUCAUUUUAAUCGUUACAGAUACCAGCCGAAACUACCCUCAUUAAAAAAAGCCGUUGCUUUGCAAACAUGGAAAUAUUUAUGUGUUAAUGACAAAAAUAAAUUUGGAAAUUGUCGCUUGUACUCGGCUUGUUGGAUUGAAGCUAUGAAUAGAAUAUGUCAACAACAUGAGCAAUGUUGUCCGGAUAUUCCAAUCAGAGAAGUACGAAAAUGCUUAACAAUAGGCAUUCAAUCAAAGUAG